AUGUCAAUUGAUCUUAAUAACUUAUCUGAUGAUCUCUUAUCCUAUCGCAAUGAUCGUUUAUACACGUUUAUCGAAGAAAAUGUUGGUAUCGAUGAAAUGAUGAUAAUUAAAAUGCAAUCUAUUAAUAAUGUUAGAAUAUUAAUAAAUGUUCCAGAUAUCAUGGCUUUUUUAAGCUUUAAUUCUAAAGAAAUAAUUGAAAUAAAAAGUCGUAUUUGUUUUAUUGAUGAAGAUAAUAAACGAUUUAUGAUAAAAGAAAAAAAACAAACAAAACGAAUAAAAACUUCUAAAUCAUCAUCACAAUCAUCAAUAAAAUUAAAUGGUGAUCUGUUCAAUGCAUCUGCAUCAAAUAUGUCUAAUUUAGCUUCUAUUGAUUCACAAUCAACACUAGUAUUUUCAACAACACCUCAAAUCAAUUCACCAAGUUAUUACAUACAAAAGAUUUCUGAUAGUAUUGAAAAAUUCUGUGUCAAUACAUUUGAAAAAUUUGUUCUAAGAAAUGUAAUUGAUUAUGAAAUUCAUGUGAAUAUACUAGAUGCAGAUAUUAAUGGUUACAUUAAAUGUGGAUGUAAUAUCACUAUUAAAAUUGUUUUUCGUUCAAAAUCAAAUUCAUUUCAACUUUCUGCUUAUUUAAAGCAUUUAAAGAACAGUCGUUGUACAAUGAUCAAAAAGAAAAAACAAGGAUUCGAUAAGCUUUCUAGCAUCAACAAUAACUUAUCGAAUUUCGUCUUACAGGAUGAUGACAAUUCUAAUACGAACAAUAUUCAAAAUGUUUCUGAUGAAAAAAAUUUGGACGAUGAAGAUAGCAGUUUUUCAACAAUGAUCAAUAGCUCAAUCAAAACUUCUUCAAAUUCUUCUACAAAAAAACGAUCAUUAUCACCUCGAUCAAUAUCAAGUAUUACCAAGAAGACAAGAUCAUUAUAA